GCGCGGAGGGGCGGGAGCGCGCACGCCCGGCGCGGGUGGACGGGACGGGCGCGUAUCCGCAGCCGUUGCUAAGCGGUUGCUUUCCGGCCGCCGUAGCUCAAGACAAAAGGAAAGAGGAACAUACUAAAAUGUCACCUGAAGUAGCCUUGAACAGAAUUUCUCCAGCACUCUCACCCUUUAUUUCCAGUGUGGUCAGAAAUGGAAAAGUGGGACUGGAUGCUACCAAUUGUUUACGGAUUACAGACUUGAAAUCUGGCUGUACAUCCUUGACCCCUGGACCUAGCUGCGAUCGAUUUAAGCUGCAUAUCCCUUAUGCUGGAGAAACACUCAAAUGGGAUAUAAUUUUCAAUGCUCACUAUCCUGACCUGCCACCAGAUUUUAUCUUUGGAGAGGAUGCUGAAUUUUUGCCAGAUCCUUCUGCCUUGCAUAAUUUAGCUUCUUGGAAUCCUUCAAACCCUGAAUGUCUCCUGCUUGUUGUGAAAGAGCUUGUGCAGCAGUAUCACCAAUUUCAAUGCGGCCGAUUACGUGAGAGCUCUCGUCUCAUGUUCGAAUAUCAGACUUUACUUGAAGAGCCCCAGUAUGGAGAAAACAUGGAAAUCUAUGCUGGCAAGAAAAACAACUGGACUGGAGAAUUCUCAGCUCGCUUCCUCUUGAAGUUGCCUGUAGAUUUCAGUAACAUUCCUACGUACCUGCUCAAGGAUGUGAAUGAAGACCCUGGAGAAGAUGUUGCACUUCUCUCAGUUAGUUUUGAGGAUGCAGAAGCCACUCAGGUUUUUCCUAAGCUGUACCUCUCCCCGCGUAUUGAACAUGCACUUGGAGGAUCAUCUGCCCUUCACAUCCCAGCCUUUCCUGGUGGAGGUUGUCUUAUCGACUAUGUGCCCCAAGUAUGCCAGCUGCUAACAAACAAGGUACAAUAUGUUAUUCAGGGAUACCAUAAGAGAAGAGAGUAUAUUGCAGCUUUCCUGAGUCACUUUGGAACUGGUGUGGUGGAAUAUGAUGCAGAAGGCUUCACAAAACUUACCCUGCUGCUGAUGUGGAAAGACUUUUGCUUUCUUGUUCACAUUGACCUUCCCCUAUACUUUCCUCGAGAUCAACCAACCCUAACAUUUCAGUCCGUCUAUCACUUCACUAACAGUGGCCAGCUGUAUUCCCAGGCUCAGAAGAAUUACCCUUACAGCCCCCGCUGGGAUGGCAAUGAAAUGGCCAAGAGAGCAAAGGCGUAUUUCAAAACGUUUGUCCCUCAGUUCCAGGAGGCAGCAUUUGCUAACGGGAAGCUUUAGGCAGCCUUGGGCACAGAGAUGAUACUGGACAGAUCCUUCAGUCUGCGUGUGCAGCCCACAAGAAGAGCGCCUGGAAACGGGUUGGACUGUCUUGAUGGGUGCUUUCUUGCCUCUGAAAUUGUUUUGGUAGCUUCAGGUUUUGUCAGGUUUCUGAAACAAAAGACCUCACUAACAUGCUUAAAACUGCAUAUUUGAUGUUUGGCCUGGCCCUUUGCCUCUGCCACCACCAUUCCUUUAUAUAUCUACUGGAUUAAAUUGAAAAGGGCGUGUUUUGAUGUGGUAACAUAUUCUUGUGCCAACAAUGUCCUGUAUGUUAUGCCUUGUUUUGUUGUCUUCAGAUGGUGUGAAUUGGAUAUUUUUCCCCCCACAGAAUUACAGUGUAGUUUGUAUAUUUAGUUGCCAUUUCCAGUUUAUCCUAAGAAAGUACAAAACUGCCGUACGUACCAGGAAUGCCUAAUGGACUGUACAGUGCCAUGUUCUGCCUGGGAGGUUUGUGUCCCGCUGUGGUUGUUACUCUCACAGGUAUGGAUAUGAGUUGCAGGCUUCAAUUCUCAGUGCCUUUCAAGUUGGUCUGAUUUUAAUAUGGCGAGGUAUUGGAGGGCUUUGUGGGUUUUUUUUUUUUUAAUAUUUCAGUUGAAAGCUCAUGUUAUAUGAAAUGUUGUGCUUUUAUGCUUUGUUUUUAUUUCCAGUUGUACAAUUUCAGCGGGUUUUUUUAAUGAACUCCCCUUGCCAUUAUGAAAACUUGUACUUCUUUAGUACCAGUGUGCAAAGAACUAGUUAUAUAAAUCACUGUAACAAAAUAAAGCUCUUUCAUAGACCUGUAA